GGGCGACGUCAGAGCGUGGUCGGGGGCAUGGGAAUUCAUCGUCUCACACAGGAUGGAAGUGGGCCGACGACGGGGAUUGGGGAGCAACAACUCAACGAAGGACUUGCAUAUUCCUACCCUACCGUCGGCAGGGAAAGAAAAGCACUGGAAGUAGAACGCCGCACUCCUGUGCAGACAACGUCGAGGCAAGAACCAUCGGGUGAUAAUCGAGAAUGUGGUGGGAAGGGGACCACAAUUGCAGUUGGAUCUGAGGAUGAAGCACUGAACGAUGGAGAAAGGUCCCGCGACACGGUGGCAAGCGGUGGUGGAGGUCGAAUGCUAACAUUAGAGGUAAGAGGCAGUACUGGUGAGCGGCGAAAAGGGGGGAAGUCCACGGUGGCACUGAAGAAAAGCACACUAUGGCCGUUAAAGGAGCGAGUGCUUCUCACACAAAUCAGUGGCGAGGACAAUGCUCUGAUGUCUGAUGCGGAAGGUGCUCAACAACACAUGACAAGAGGGAAGCAUUACGACUGGAUAGCGAACAGGAUGAAAGAUGAGGGGUACACACGUACAGGAAAGGAUUUCUGGAAGAAAUCGGUCGAGCUACAAAAGAAGGCGAGCUAAGGGAGAUAAGAGAUGCCGACGAAGGUUCCAACAAACCAUCCUACUAGGA